AUGUACGGACUAAUAGUGAUCGGUAUACAAAAUUAUGUUGAAUCAAUUUAUGGUGAAGAUGUAUGGUUUAGAAUUGUUGAAAAAUCUAAUAUAGGUUUAUUAACAUUUCAAACGCAUAAUACCUAUUCUGAUACAGUACCAGAACGUUUAUUUUUAGCAUUUAGUCAUGAAACUGGUGAAAGUAUUGAAAAUGUAACUUAUCAAACUGGUUUAUCAUUUGCUGCAUUUAUAUCUGAUUAUGGUUAUGAAAAUUUAUUACGUGUACAAGGAAGAGAUUUUAUAAGUUUUUUACAUAAUUUAGAUAAUUUACAUGAAUAUUUACGUUUAUCUUAUCCAGAUAUUCAACCACCAUCAUUUUCUAUUAUGAAUACUACAAAUGAUUGUAUACGUUUAAAAUAUUCAUCAAAACGUAAUGGAUAUAUACAUUAUGUUCGUGGACAAUUAAUUACAUUAGCUAAACGUUUAUAUAAUCUUGAUAUUAAGGUGAUAUUAAUUAGUACGAAAAUUAUUAAUAAUAUUUAUCAAACAAUUUAUGAUAUAUAUACAUUAAAUGGUAAACGAUGGAUUGAUCCACAAAAUUAUUAUAUACAAAAACCAUUAGAUAGUUGGGGUGAUACAAUAUCUAGUAAUGUAUUUUUUGAUAUAUUCGCUUUUUCAUUAUUAAUAACAAAUCAAAUGAAAAUUAAACGAGCUAGUACAUCAUUUCGUAAAUUAGAUUCAUCUCUUGAAGGUUCAGAUUUUAAUGAAAAAUUCUUAUUAUUUAGACCAUUUAUUAAAUCAAAUAUAGAAGAGAUAAAACUACAUAUGCAUAAUACAUUUGAAUUGGUUCUGAUAAAAAAUCUAUGCUUGAAUAAAAACAAUGAUCGCUCAAUGUUGGGUAAGGCAGAAUGUAAAUUUAGAGGUGAAAUGCGUUUUGUUGAACAAUGGGAUAUGUUGUUAUUUCUGGGGGCACCAUCUAUACGUGAUAUCAGACAUUUAAAUGAACAUGGUUUAUACAUCUGUGAUUUGAAUAUGUUUGAUCGAAGUAGAGAUGUAAUAAUUUGUGGUGAUCAAAUUUCAAGCGAACUAGUGAAAUUAUUUCAGAUGCAACGUAAAAAAAGUGAAGAAUUAGAAAAAAGUAUGAAGCAUUUGGAUAAAAUGCGAAAAUUAACUGAUCGUCUCUUAUACCAAUGUAUUCCAAGAGCAGUGGCUCGUAAACUACGUGAUGGUACUCCAGCAAAUGAAACUAUAGAGACAUAUGAUUCUGUAAGUAUAUGUUUCACAAAAGUUUUUAACUUUUGUGCAAAAUGUAUAAAUACAAGUGUAGAUCAAAUUGUGGAGCUUUUAAAUAAAAUGUACACGCUUUUUGAUGAUCUUACAGAAGCUUCUAAUGUUUAUAAGGUUGAAACAGUUGGUGACAGUUAUAUGCUUGUCUCUGGAGCACCGAAUAAAACACGUUUUCAUUCUGCACAUAUAACAGAGAUGGCAUUAAAUAUUUUGAAAGUUACUCAUGCAUCUUUAGCAUGGCCAAAAUCAAAUGAUUCUAAGGACACCACUGGUAAUGAAGAUGAAAAAGAGGUUUUAAAGCUUUUUAUUGGAUGUCACACUGGACCUAUUGUAGCUGGUAUAGUUGGCCACAAAACACCAAGAUAUUGUUUAUUUGGAGAUACAGUGAAUACAGCUAGCAGAAUGAUGUCUAGUGGUGUGCCUGAUCGAAUACACGUCAGUCAAAUGUUUGCUGCUCACCUUUCAGAAUUCCCAUACAUUUUAGAAUACCGUGGCGAAAUUGAUGUUAAGGGCAAAGGUAAAAUGAGAACAUAUUUUGUGAAUGGUCGAUGUAAUGAAUUUACAUUAUCAAAUAAUAUAUAUGGAAAUCAAUUAGAUUUUAAUGAAAUCUUAGAAAAAGAUGUUGAAAAUGUUGAAUUAGAUGAUUCUACUAUAUCACAUAAUACUUCAAUUGAUGCUAUUGAUGAAUUUAUUGAAAAAGAUCAUGAAAUUUCAUCUGAAAGUUCAACAGGAAUUGAUAUAGAAGAAAUAUUAGGUCAUAAAAAUAAACAAAAUGCAAAAUAUAAUAUAAAUUUAAAUAAACAUGAUAAAAUGAUGAUAAGUAAAUUGACAGAUUCAGUAGACAUAGUCAGUUGUAACAAUAAUAAUAAUAAUAAUAAUAAUAAUAAUAAUAAUAAUAAUAAUAAUAAUAAUCAAGUGAUCAUUCCAAUCGACCAUAAAGAAAAAGAAUUACUAAGCAGUAAUGCGCCAUUGUUAUCAGCAACAGAUCAAAAUGAUACAAUUCAUCAUUAUACUACUACUACUACUACCACUGCUACUACCACUACUACUAAUCAUGAUAUUAAUAAUAGUAAUAAUAAUUCUGUUAUUUCCUUCGGUGAUAUUUGUCCAAACUUUAAACUAUCAAACGUCACACAAAAUAAUGAAAAAUCAUAUGAAAAAUUACAAAAUGACAAUAGAUUAAAUGAAACUAAUUGCAAUCUAAUUCAUUAUCAACAUCAAACACAAAAACUAAAUGAAUUACCAUGUUGUUCAUUACAAUUUUCAUCAUUAUAUAAAAAAGAUGUGAAAUUUGCAUUAAAUAAUAAAGAAAUAAUUUCACAUGAUUAUGAAAGUAGUGAUGAUAAUUAUAAUAGUAAUGAUAAAGUAAAAGAAAAAUGUCAAACAGUGGUAUUCGAAGGAACUAAUCAUAAGAUAGAAUACUCAACUAAACAACAACAACAUACACAAAAACAGUUACCAGUAAAUUUUAAUAAUAUCACUUCAGUAGAACAAAAACAUAAAAUUGAGAAAUUCAGAAAAAUGAUUAAAAAUAAUUCAUUCGGUCAAAUGAAUCCAAUUUCACUUUGUUCUUCUGGAUCUGAUUUAUUCAAUUCAUUAUAUGAACCUUUGACAUUAGGACUGACUGAACUGGCUAUUGUCAAACCAAAUGAACCAAUCGAAUAUCUUGGAUCAUGGUUAAAACGUUAUACGUCAAUGGAACAAGAAGAAGACUUUUAA